UACGCCCCCGCGGGCGCGCGCGGAGGGGCCGGGCCGGGCCCUUCCUGCCCCGGGAGCGGCGAUGGGCCCGCAGCGGGACUAGCGGGCACCCGGCCGGCCGCCAUGGCCCUCAGCGGAGCUCCGGGCUGCCGCGCCGGGGAGCGGGGGCCCCGCUGGAGGAGGCCCUGGAAGCUCCUGGCCCUUGGCCUGCUCUCCGCCUCCUCCGUGCUGGCGGCCGCCCCGGGCGCCGGGGCCAUGAGCAGGGAGGAGAAGCGCCGGCUGGGAAAUCAAGUGCUUGAAAUGUUUGAUCAUGCAUAUAGCAAUUAUAUGGAGCAUGCGUAUCCAGCUGAUGAACUCAUGCCUUUAACUUGUCGUGGACGAGUGCGGGGUCAGGAGCCAAGUCGAGGGGAUGUGGAUGAUGCCUUGGGAAAGUUUUCACUGACCUUAAUUGAUACUUUGGACACUCUUGUGGUGUUAAAUAAAACCAAAGAGUUUGAAGAGGCUGUAAAAAAAGUAAUAAAGGAUGUUAAUUUAGAUAAUGACAUAGUUGUUUCUGUCUUUGAAACCAACAUAAGAGUCCUUGGAGGUCUCCUAGGCGGGCACUCAGUGGCAAUUAUGCUGAAGGAAAAAGGUGAAUAUAUGCAGUGGUACAAUGGUGAACUCCUGCACAUGGCAAAGGAACUGGGCUACAAGCUUUUACCUGCUUUUAACACCACUAGUGGUCUCCCUUAUCCAAGAGUUAACUUAAAAUUUGGUGUAAGACAUCCAGAAGCACGAACAGGAACAGAAACUGAUACGUGUACAGCUUGUGCUGGUACCUUGAUCCUUGAGUUUGCAGCUUUAAGCAGAUUCACAGGAACAUCUGUAUUUGAGGAAUAUGCCCGGAAGGCUCUGGAUUUUAUCUGGGAGAAGAGGCAGCGCAGCAGCAACUUAGUGGGGGUCACCAUUAACAUCCACACUGGAGACUGGGUCCGCAAAGACAGUGGAGUUGGAGCAGGAAUAGAUUCAUACUAUGAAUAUUUAUUAAAAGCCUAUGUCUUGCUGGGAGAUGACAGUUUCCUGGAAAGAUUUAACACGCACUAUGAUGCCAUAAUGAGAUACAUCAGCCAGCCACCUCUUCUCCUUGAUGUUCACAUUCAUAAACCAAUGCUAAAUGCUCGGACCUGGAUGGAUUCUCUGCUUGCUUUCUUCCCUGGAUUGCAGGUGUUGAAGGGUGAUAUUAGACCCGCUAUUGAAACACAUGAGAUGCUGUAUCAGGUUAUAAAAAAGCAUAACUUUCUUCCAGAGGCAUUCACAACAGAUUUCAGAGUUCACUGGGCUCAGCAUCCUCUGAGGCCUGAAUUUGCUGAAAGCACCUACUUCUUGUAUAAGGCUACAGGAGACCCUUACUACCUAGAAGUAGGAAAAACUCUCAUUGAAAACUUGAACAAGUAUGCCAGAGUUCCCUGUGGGUUUGCUGCAAUGAAGGAUGUUCGUACAGGAAGUCACGAAGACAGGAUGGACUCAUUCUUCCUGGCUGAGAUGUUUAAAUAUCUGUACCUCCUGUUUGCUGAUAAGGAGGACAUGAUUUUUGACAUUGAAGAUUAUAUCUUCACUACAGAAGCUCAUCUGUUGCCACUCUGGCUCUCCACUACAAACCAAACCAUCUCUAAAAAAAAUACAAGCACAGAGUACACAGAGCUGGACGACAGCAACUUUGACUGGACCUGUCCAAACACCCAGAUCCUCUUCCCAAACGACCCCAUGUUUGCCCAGAGCAUCCGCGAGCCUCUGAAGAACGUGGUGGAUAAGAGCUGUCCCCGGGGCAUUUCCAGAGCAGAAGAGAGUUUGGGAAGUGGACCAAAACCACCACUGAGAGCCAGAGACUUCAUGGCCAGUAAUCCUGAGCACCUGGAGAUCCUGAAGAAGAUGGGAGUCAGUUUGAUCCAUCUGAAAGAUGGACGAGUACAACUAGUGCAGCACGCGGUGCAAGCAGCAAGUUCCCUGGAUGCAGAGGAUGGCUUACGGUUCAUGCAGGAAAUGAUUGAACUCUCCAGCCAGCAGCAGAAGGAGCAGCAGCUCCCUCCUCGUGCUGUCCAGAUUGUUUCCCAUCCCUUCUUUGGCAGGGUAGUCUUGACUGCUGGGCCAGCACAGUUUGGGAUGGACUUGUCCAAACACAAAGCAGGGACAAGAGGAUUCGUUGCAACCAUUAAGCCAUAUAAUGGAUGCUCAGAGAUCACUAAUCCUGAGGCAGUGAAAGAGAAAAUUGCUUUGAUGCAAAGAGGCCAGUGCAUGUUUGCUGAAAAGGCACGAAACAUUCAGAAAGCUGGAGCAAUAGGAGGCAUUGUCAUUGAUGACAACGAGGGCAGCAGCAGUGACACAGCCCCCCUCUUCCAAAUGGCUGGGGAUGGCAAGAACACAGAUGACAUCACCAUUCCCAUGCUCUUCCUCUUCAACAAGGAAGGGAACAUCAUCCUGGAUGCCAUCCGGGAGUAUGAGGCUGUGGAGGUGCUCCUUUCUGAUAAAGCAAAAGACAGAGACUUGGAAAUGGAGAAUAUGGACCAGAAAUCAUCUGAAAGUGAUUCACACAAACCAAAUUCCGAGGAAGCUCCUUCAGAAUCUCAGGAUGCUGGAGCAGUCAGUGAGGAGCCCGAAGGAGGAGAGAGCUCUGCAGUUGGUGACCCUGACCCUUUGUCUCCUGCCAGCACAGCCAGUGCCAGUGUUUCCAUGGCAGAUGAGGAUCCCCACGCCUCUGGACCUGCAGAGGCCAGUGCUCCAGAGCCAGCAUGCACACCAGGGGACAGCCAGCCUCAGGAACAAAACACCCAGACAGAGGCCAGUUCCAAAGCUCACUGGGAUAGUAAAGUCCAGCCUAUGGAAUCCAUAUUAGCAGACUGGAAUGAAGAUAUAGAAGCAUUUGAAAUGAUGGAAAAGGAUGAGCUAUGACUUGUAAUAAUAACUUAUUUGUUAAUAAACAAAUGGAGACCU